GAGCGUCGUUAGAGGAGGAUCGUCACAGGGCCACAGACUGAGAAGAACAGCUGGUGAAAAAGGCCGUUCCUUUUUCCUCUUGAGAUGCCCAAGGUGAAAAGGAGCAGAAAACCUCCACCGGACGGUUGGGAAUUGAUUGAACCAACCUUAGAUGAGCUGGACCAGAAGAUGAGAGAAGCUGAGACAGAGCCACACGAAGGGAAGAGGAAAGUGGAAUCCCUCUGGCCCAUUUUCAGAAUCCAUCACCAGAAAACACGUUACAUCUUCGAUCUCUUUUACAAGAGAAAAGCCAUUAGUAGAGAACUGUACGAGUACUGCAUCAAAGAAGGAUACGCUGACAAAAACCUGAUUGCAAAGUGGAAGAAACAGGGCUACGAAAACCUCUGCUGCCUGCGCUGCAUCCAGACGCGGGACACCAACUUCGGCACGAACUGCAUCUGCCGGGUUCCCAAAAGCAAGCUGGAAGUGGGAAGGAUCAUCGAAUGCACGCACUGCGGAUGCAGAGGCUGCUCCGGAUGAAGCCUCUUCUCCAGUGAUGCCCUCUCCCCGUUUGUGGGGCUGCUGACUCUGCAUCAGUGACUGUUCUUAAGAGCGCUACUUCGCCUUCCAUAAACCCCGACGGUGAGCGGAUCUUCUUAGACGCCGGAUGACGCGGCCGUGACGUGCUAGUCCAUUCUCUGUGAUCAUUUUAUUUUAAAAUAAAGCCUCGCCUACCGUACGUGUGUGGC